UCACUUUGGGUGAUCACUGUGAUCACCUUAUCGUGUGCUCACUUUCCUUAUCGUCACGUGACUUGUUCCAUAGUUCUUCCGUUCCAUGAGGAGUCACCUGAGUUCCCGGAUUCUCUGCGUAUAUCAGGUAGAUAGCCGCUGCAGGCCUGUGGGGCGGGCCCCCUGGCCUUGUUAUGCAUGUUGGGUUGUAACAUCAGCUCCUCCUCUCAAUGGUCUAGUCCUCUAGGCCUAUAAGUAGGUCGUUGUUUCUUGUUUUUUGGGAUCGUCGAUCCAUCGUUCUUGGAAUGUGUUUGCUAAAAUGUACGCCAGUUCCUCGACUCAUCGUCGUUUGAAACUUGCUCUCGAAAUAAAGGAGCGUGGAUUCGAAAUAGAAAUGCCUUGUUCGUACUGUCGGUCGUCGGGUCGAAGGUGCAAGAUGCUGGAAGGGAAAUCGAAGUGUUAUGAGUGUACUCGUCGUGGUCGCUCUUGUGAUGCAACAGCCAGUGCUAUUUGUGAUUUGGAUCGUCUUCGUAAGGCGAAAAGGAUGGUUUUUAAGAAGGGCAAGGCGAUCCCUGAUCUGCCUGAAGGUGAUGGUCCUUCUGAAGAGUCUGUUGCGGCUAGGGAGGCUCAGUCUAGUGGUGCGUUUGGUGUGAUUGAUUGGGAUACGGUGUUAUUGGGGAAUUCCGGAUUUGACUUUGAUUUCGGUACUCCUGGAGUAGUUCCCGAGAGUUCUGGAGGUUCGUAAUGGG